AAGGAGGCAGAACCGAGGCGGGACUGUUUCCAAGUUCACGGUGGAACUUCACGGUUUUCGUCCUUGACGAAAUUCGGCUCUCGGUGAUUCAAUGAAAAUAUGCGUCCGUUUCAAAUUGCAAAGUUUUCCUGAAAAAACCCAAAAUAUUCCGGUCGAGAUAAAAACUUCAGUUAACGCUAUGUCGAGAGUAAAAGAAGAGGAAUUACUCUGAGAUUGGCGCGGCCCGAUGGUACCCGGGUUCGCGAAAUAACACGGUACGGGAUGAUGUCCAACUGCUUAUUUUGACAUGGCAUGGGUAGCGAAGCUGGCUUGCCUUCUAACCACCGCUUAAUUAAACCAAAUCAUUAAAAAAUAAUAAUAAUAAUAAAAUAUACAAAAAUCUAUCAGCCUUGAUCUAGCCUGUUUUAACAUUUGGCCUACAAUGAUUUUAAUUCGCUAUCCAUUUUCAAACAUGUAAGGACAUGAACGUCAGAUGUACCUGUGUAAAGUUUUACAGAAAUUUCAAUUCCCAUAGCAAAACGUUCAAAAUACAAAUAAAGAGAACACAGAGAAAAUCACUCAGCAAAAUGGGGCAGUCACUGUCAGAGCCAGUUACGACAAAAUGCAGUUUGAUCUGCAAGAAUGAACAAGUGAAGGUCGGCUUAAGUUCAAUGCAAGGAUGGCGGGUCUCGAUGGAAGAUUCUCAUACACUUUUGCUCGAGGUCCCUCAAGACCCUUCAGCAUCGUUCUACGCUAUUUUUGAUGGUCAUGGUGGUUCGAAAAUAUCAGAAUAUGCCAGCCGGCACCUUUACAAAUGGAUUUUUAACCAAAAAGCGUACCAAGAGGGAGAUAUAGUGCAAGCUAUUGAAAACGGCUACCUUGAAUUGGAUGCUUUUAUGAGAGAAAACAAAGUUUUACGGGAUGAUUUGGCUGGUUCUACAGCAGUAGUGGUGCUUAUAAAGGGCAACACCCUUUAUUGUGGCAAUGCUGGCGAUUCAAGAGCAAUAGCUGUUGUAAAUGGUACGGUCCGACCACUAUCUCACGACCACAAGCCGACAGAACCUGCAGAGUACGCACGGAUAAAGGAGGCUGGUGGAUGGGUCGAGUAUAACCGUGUCAAUGGUAAUUUAGCGCUUUCAAGGGCUCUUGGCGACUACAUGUUUAAAACUAACAGUAAAAAAAGCCCUAAGGAACAAGUCGUUACUGCUUUUCCUGAAGUCAUUGUAGAAGAAAUAGAUGAAUCUUGGGAGUUCAUCGUACUAGCCUGUGAUGGUAUCUGGGAUGUUAUGUCAAAUGAAGAGGUGGCUGGAUUUAUAAGAGAUAGGUUGAUGAGACAGUUACAUCCGGAUGUGAUUUGCGAAGAAUUGAUGAUGACUUGCCUUGCUCCCGACAGUCAGAUGGGCGGUUACGGCUGUGAUAAUAUGACAGUUACUAUAAUUGUGUUCCAGAAUACUAAAGUACAAAAUUUAGAAAAUGUGGCAUUAGAAAAACAUCUCUUACUGUAAAUAAUGAGAACUUUGAUUAAUACCGGUAUGCAAUUUUAUACGUUAAAUUUUUAAACGGCGAUCUUAUUUUUUCUAUGCAAUUGUACUAAAAAUUUUAUUACUUGAGCUGUGUUAAUUAGUAGUUACGAUUUUCCUUUAUCUUCUCAACAAUAGUUGCAUCUAACUUUUAAAUCUUUGUUUGUAAAUUAAUAAUUAUGUGUGCAGAAUUAAAUCUAUAUCUAAAAGUUUUGGUGAUAUGAGGCUUUUAAAUGAAUUUAUUUGUAAUAAUACUUGUAGAGAUUGAGAAAAGACUGAAUGUUAGAUCGUAGAUUUUUUUAGUAGGGGUAUAAACAUACUUGCAAUAAUGAAAUUUUUUGUAAUAAAUUAAAUUUCCUAGUCUUCAUAAAUUAGAUAUUUUUAAUUACUUUUGUUAUUUAAAAAAAAAAGAGUUUUAGUUUUGUUUAAUCAUAAAAAAAAUCAUUUUGAAUAAUAAAAACAGCUUUUUCUAACAUAAAUUUUCCAUUGUUUUUGUUAUAGGUGGCACAAUUUUGGUUGAUAAAUGUAAUAUUCAUUGUCAUCAUUAAAUUUGUUAAUUAAUUAACUUGAUCACUAGUUUCCAGUGACUCAUUACAUUUAAUACAAUAAAUGACAAAUUGUACAUUUGCAAAA